CCACGCCCGGAAUUCCGAGAUCAGCGCUUUCUCGGGCUCGGCGCUGUCCCGAGUUAACCUGAAAGCGAUCCCGGGACUCGGGAACCGGGCGGGGGCUGCGCUGGGCUCCUGGACGGCUUCCUAGACGAGGGGGCCUGGCGAGGACCCAGAGGAGGAGGUGUCUAGCGGGGCUCUAGGACCCUAACAAUUCAGUCCAACAUUGCAAAGGAUUGCGUUGCAAUCAUCGCGCUACACUGAUAGGACAACGGAGCUUCAAUCUGUGGGCGGGACUUGUUGUAAAUCACCCAAUGGUAGUUCAGAAGCGUGGAGCGCUUUACCAGUCACAUCGCAGGGUGGACCGGGCCUGCUGCUCCACAUUGAAGCAGUGCUGCAAGGUCGGGCAGGCGAGUAGCAAGUUAAAUCCAUGUGGCGGAAGCUGAGGAGCCUGGCGGCCUGGGGACCUCGCAGGUUAUGCACGGCCCCUGGGGCCACCAUCUUCGCGCUGAGCUCCGGCCACGGCCGCUGCGGCGUCGCGGUGAUCCGGACCAGUGGCCCCUCUAGCCUCAAGGCGCUGCAGAGCCUCACGGCUCCCCGCGCCCUGCCCCGCCCGCGCCGCGCCAGCCUGCGCCUGCUGAGUGACCCGCGCUCGGGUGCCCCGCUGGACCGCGCGCUGGUGCUCUGGUUCCCAGGGCCACGGAGCUUCACGGGCGAGGACUGCGCCGAGUUCCACGUGCACGGAGGGCCCGCCGUAGUGAACGGCGUCCUCGAGGCUCUGGGCGGUGUCCCUGGGCUGCGGCCAGCGGAAGCUGGCGAGUUCACCAGGCGGGCCUUCGCCCAUGGGAAGCUGAGCCUGCCCGAGGUGGAGGGGCUGGCAGACCUGAUCCACGCGGAAACUGAGGCACAAAGGCGGCAGGCCCUGCGGCAGCUGGACGGGGAACUGGGUCAGCUGUCCCGCGGCUGGGCCGAGACCCUCACCAAGGCCCUGGCUCACGUGGAGGCCUACAUAGACUUCGCAGAAGAUGACAACCUGGAGGAGGGUGUCCUGGAGCAAGCUGACCGAGAGGUGCAGGCGCUGGAGCUGGCACUGGGCAUGCACCUGCAGGACGCCAGGCGCGGCCAGAGGCUCCGCUCGGGGGCGCACGUAGUGGUUGCAGGACCACCGAAUGCCGGCAAGAGCAGCUUGGUGAACCUGCUCAGCCAGAAACCAGUUUCCAUCGUGUCCUCGGAGCCGGGAACCACUCGUGAUGUGCUGGAGACCCCCGUGGACUUGGCUGGGUUCCCUGCACUGCUGAGCGACACAGCGGGGCUGCGGGAGGGCGUGGGGCCUGUGGAGCAGGAGGGUGUGCGGCGAGCCUGGGAGAGGCUGGAGCAGGCUGACCUGGUGCUGGCGGUGCUGGACGUCACUGACCUGGCCGCUCCGACCUCCCGCGACUUCCUAGACGCGGUUGUGGCACCCCUGGCCUGUCGGGAGCCCAAGGGGAGCAGCCCGCAUCUGCUGCUGGUGCUGAACAAAUGCGACUUGCUGCCCUCCGAAGGCCCAUGUCCCCGGCCCGGGCCAUAUCCCUAUCUGCUGCUGUCCUGCCUGACUGGGGCGGGGCUGGACGGCCUGCUGGAGGCCCUGAAGAAGGACCUGGCUGUCUUGUGCGGGAACCCGAGCACAGGCCCGCCGCUCCUGACCCGUGCACGGCACCGCCACCACUUGCAGCACUGUCUGGAUGCACUGGGCCACUACAGGCAGGCAGGAGACCUGGCCCUGGCCGCCGAGGCCCUGCGCAUUGCCAGAAGGCACCUGACCCAGCUCACAGGUGGAGGCGGCAGUGAGGAGAUCCUAGAUGUCAUAUUUCGGGACUUCUGUGUGGGCAAGUGAGGAGCACCCAGUUUUCGCAGUACCCCAGAGACCCCAACCCAACAUACCAUGAGACCGAGGACCUUCUGGGGCCAGCGCGGGUCAUUUUGGGCUCUAUGGAGACUGGAAGAUCUCAGGCCGGCCUGCUUUGGGGUCUGCACCUGGCCAAACAUCCGCAGGCUGGCCUCUGAUUUAAGAGCCUCCUGCCUUAGCCUCCUAAGUGCUGGGAUUACAGGUGUGUGCCACCAUGCCCGGCUGCUUUGAUUUUAUUUUUUGGUGCUGGAGUUGGAACCAAGGGUCUCUUUCAUACUCAGUGAGGGCUGACCGCUGAGCCCAGUGGCCAGCCUCCAAGUGUCUUCAUUUAUCUUGCAAAUACCAGAGGGCUGUGAGACUCAUGUGAUUUGGACAUGUUGCAUCACAGGGCCUCCCAGACCACCUCUCCUGGGGUCCCCACCAGACACUGGCGUUUCCAACACUGCUGAGUCCUGGCUUCUUGUGUACCUGUCGAUCAGAUGUGUGGUUUCAUCUUUGGGUUUUCUUUUUUGGAUAUAGGGUCUCCCUAGGUAGCUCCAGCCUGCCUUGAACCUGCAGUGAUCCUCCUGUCUCAGCCUCCCGAGUGCUGGGAUGACAGGUGAGCAUCAUCAUACCUGGCCUUUGUGGAAUGUGGGUAACAGUGUGACGCAGUAGGUGUUUUGUUCCUCGGGAAAACAGCUCAGAGAAGUGGUGACCCACAAGAAGUCCCCAGCGCUUGGGCUGUUGGGCUUCAAAUGUGAGUCUGGCAUCUGCCUUCUGUGUGCUAGACAGUGGGCAGGGUCUGGGGACAGUUCAGGGACAUGGAUGACUGCAGUUAGGGCUGGGUACUGCUGCAUGACCAUACCCAGAAGGGACCAGCUGAACAGAGCUCAAGACUGCACAGGAAGGCCUUGUCUUUUCUUUUUCUUUCUGUUUUGGUUUUUGUAGACAUGGCCCAACCUGGCCUUGAACUCAGUAUGUAUCCCAGAUUGGUAUUUAAUUUGGGGUAAUCCUCCUGCCUCAGCCUCCAGAGUAAUGAGAUUACAGGCACAUACCACCACCCAGCCUUCCUUUUUAUUUGUGUGUGUGUGUGUGUGUGUGUGUGUGUGUGUGUGUGAUACUGGAAUCAAACUCACAUCCUCGUCCUGCCAGGCAGGUACUUGUGCCCCUGAGCUAAAUCCCCAGCCCCUUGCUUUUUUUUAAAUUUAUUUUUUGUGCUGGGGAUUGAACUCAUGACCUUACACUUGCCAGGCAGGCGCUUGUGCUGCUGAGCUAAAUCCCUCCUUUGGUUUUUGAGACAAAGUCUCACCAUGCAGUUCAGACUAGCCUUGAGCUGUAGCCCAGGAUGGCAUCAAACUUGCAUUCUGCCUGCCUCAGCCUCCAAAGUGCUGGGAUGACUUUCAUAGGCCAGCACCACCUGCGGGAAGCGCCUCUGGAAACGCUGGGAGCUCGAUGCGGGGCGAGUGGCCAGCAGAGGGCGCCGCACCCUAAGGAAGGCCAAUCGGGCAGAGCCUGCCUUCCUCGGCACAGGGAAUUUGUUUGCCUGUUUGUCUCAGCUGCUCUGCUCAGGAGCCUAAGGUAGGGGUGUCGCAGGGUUUGAGCCCAGCCUGAGUCAUUUAACAAAACAAAAAUAAAAAGGGCUGGAGUGCGGC